AUGUUUUAUUCCUUCUUUUAGCAUCCACACUUCACUUCCCCAACACAAAAUCCAAAUCUUCAAUUGUCUCAUAAACAAUCAAAAUCCAUAUAUAGAGCUGCAAAAAGCAGCUUUACAUAAACAAAAAAAAAAUGGUUAGAAUUUUACCUAUGGCCUCUUCAAUUAGGCCUUCACUUACAUCCUUCAAGUUUUCUGGCUCUUCAAGAUUCUGUGUUUCUCUUUUAUCUAACAAUUCUACAAGGAAAUUCACUUAUUGUAAUCUUGGUACUGCGGUUCCGCAGUUGCAAUCUUUUGGCCUUAAAGCUUCUAAGCUGUUAAGAGAAAACGGAGGCAGUUUGUCGGUUAGUGCUGCAGGAAAUAUGGCACAUGCAAGCACUGCUGCUACCCAAGAAAAUGUCCUAGAAUGGGUCAAGCAGGACAAGAGAAGAAUGCUCCAUGUUGUUUACCGUGUUGGAGACCUUGACAGGACGAUAAAAUUCUAUACAGAGUGCCUAGGGAUGAAAUUAUUGAGAAAGCGUGACAUCCCAGAAGAAAGAUACACAAAUGCUUUUCUAGGAUAUGGACCAGAGGACUCUCAUUUCGUGAUUGAACUCACAUAUAAUUAUGGAGUUGACAAGUAUGAUAUCGGAUCUGCGUUUGGCCAUUUCGGAAUUGCUGUAGAGGAUGUUUCAAAGACUGUUGAACUCGUAAAGGCAAAGGGAGGGAAAGUAACGAGGGAACCAGGUGCUGUUAAAGGAGGAAAGACUGUAAUCGCAUUUAUUGAAGAUCCUGAUGGUUACAAGUUUGAACUUUUGGAGAGGGGUCCCACACCUGAGCCCCUAUGCCAAGUAAUGCUUCGAGUUGGAGAUCUUGAGCGUGCCAUAAAAUUUUAUGAGGACGCUUAUGGUAUGAAGCUUCUUCGCACACGUGACAACCCGGAAUACAAGUAUACAAUAGCAAUGCUGGGAUAUGGUCCAGAAGACUCGAACGCUGUGAUGGAGUUGACAUAUAAUUAUGGUGUCACUGAAUAUGACAAGGGAAAUGCUUACGCACAGAUAGCUAUAGGCACGGAUGAUGUAUACAAGACAGCAGAAGCGAUAAGACUUUGUGGUGGAAAAAUUACCAGGGAACCAGGACCGCUACCCGGUAUCAGCACCAAGAUUACAGCAUGCCUCGAUCCUGAUGGUUGGAAGACGGUCUUCGUUGACAAUAUAGAUUUUCUCAAGGAAUUGGAGUAAGCUAUUUUUUGAGGAAAUACUAGGCAUAACACGGAACGUCGUGAGGACAUUGAUGCUUCAUCAAAUUACUUCCUCGCCAAAAUGAUGAGUCUACUAUCACGAAAAAGAGCGUUAAAUUGUGCAUUUGUGGAUUGUAUUACAGAAAUUGUCAGCUUCACCACCAUUAAAAGAAUAGAAGCAUGAAAUCUCGUACAUCUGCGUGCUUUUUGUAAUAAGUUUCUUGAACUUAUUUAUGCUACCUUUUCAUACUGGAAAACUCAGUGAAGUAGGGAAUUAGUAGUUCAAAAAACUCAGCAAAGUAGGAGUUUAAUAGUCCUGUCAAAUUUUUUGGUCUAAUAAGAAUAUUGUGCUGAGCAUGUAA